AUGCCUCUCUCCGGACACUGUCUCUGCAAGGCGGUUACUUACACCGUCGACAUCGAUGCCCCUCUGCUGACUGGCUACGACCACUGCGACGACUGCCAGCGCCAGAGUGGUUCAACCUACUCUCUGGUCGCCGUCGUCCCUAAGGAUAAGCUGACCAUCAACGGCCCCACCAAGAGCUGGGCUGGUAAGGGCAGCUCCGGUCUCGCCGUCCACCGCAUCUUCUGCUCCGAGUGUGGCUCCCCCAUUGCUCACGACCCCGAUGCGGCUCCCGAGAUCAUUGCCCUGAAGGCUGGUACUCUGGAUACCGAGAUUAAGAAGACUCUCAAGCCGGACACCGAAAUCUGGACGCAGAGCAAGUUGCCCUUCUGCCAGGAGCACCUCGCUAAGCCUUUUGAGGGUAUGCCUCAGUAA